GUAAUAUCGCAUAUGGUUCCAGGCGACUGAAUGCUGCUCCAGUAACUUCUAAUCCCCAACGUAAUUGACAUUUGAUUGGACGUGCCUGGCCAUGGGGAAGUCUAGCUUGCCACCUGCCCGUUGCGUGCUCAUGCAUUAAGUAGACAGCGGAGCCCAGGCGGAGGUUCACUCCCAAAAAAGACAAAAAACCACCCAGCACACACACACACACCCACCCACUAACACCCCACACACAUGACCGCGUCACGAGCGGCGAAACGAACGUGACACAUGGCGAUGUACUUUUAUGCCAGCAAAAUAUCAGCCAUCGCCUGCGGAACACGCUGCAAGCAGACCGUUCUGCAAAAAUCGCGCGGGCAACGCGAUCGAGACAAAUGCCGCCAUGGAGGGCAUCACCACCAGCACCACCAUCAGAACCAUCAUCAGCACCACCAACAGGGUCAGCACCACCGGCGGCAUCAUCGACGGCGGUGUCAUCUCAGCAGCGGCAGUAGCUCCGACAGUGAAUCUGCGGAUGACUGUUGCCUGGAAAUGGGUGAAACGGGAGCGGCAUCAGCGGGAGCGACAGCUGGUGAAGUGUCAUCCGGUGGCAUAUUCUCACUGGAUCCGGGAAAUCUCACAGCGGAGACAGCUCUUUUGGGUGGGAUCCGGUACCGGAGGCGACAUAGCGCCGAGCAGCUGAGUGCUUACGACUUGGAAAUGGGGUUUCAGCAAAUCGAGCUUGGCACCACAAAAUCGAAUGGCGCGAACAACGACGAUGUUGUCCAGUACGAUGUGCCCAAAAAUCCGCAUAAGCGCAGCCAAUGUGAUAUUAAUUUUGAGAGUUCAGUUUUGGGCUCCGGAGGCAUUAUGUACAUAAAUGGUAGAGCAGUUUCUGGGCCAUUGGAAUCCCUAGUCGAAGCACUUUUGCCCAAGAAUGUCAUCGAUUUAGAUAAGGAAUUUGUAUUCUCGUUUUUAUUAUCAUCACGCUUAUUCCUGCGACCCCAUGAACUUCUGGGCAAACUAUUGCAUUCGGUACCUGAUGGCGGUUGCCUGGAAUCCUUAGUCGCUUUGCUGGCCGAAUGGACGAUGAAGUUCCCCUAUGACUAUCGGGAUGAGCGGAUGAUGAGCCAUGUCAAACAUAUCGUUGCCAGAUGUUCCAAUUCGCAUUUGGAAGCCGUUGUCUCCCAAACACUGAGUGCCUUACUAAAACGUUUGACUGAUUUAGAGAGACAUGAGGCGGACCUACGAGCCUGCCAGACCAACGACAAGUCUGUAGUAGAGACUCCACUCAACUGUCCAACGGCCACGCAAUACGCACAAAUCGUUUGUCGGCUGGAAAAGAAACUGGCCAAGCACAUUGGCGGAGAGGAAUUCCUUCAGUGCAGCAGCAUGAUACUGCUCGAUAAACAGAAAAAAUGGGACCAACCAUCCACAUCGGGGGGACCGCCAGGAGCCCAGGAUCCAAAGAAGACAUGCAACCUGGAAACGUAUCUGGAUUGGUCGACACGUCUCCGUCUGUUUGUCUGCAAUGAGAUACUGCAGAGCGUUGGUAUCGAGGGACGCAGCCGGACUGUGGAGCUCUGGAGCGGUGUGGCCCAAUAUUGCCUGCUUGUGGGGAAUUACAAUAGUGCCACGGCCAUUUUGGAGCUGGAAUCGCCGGCAAUAGCCAGGCUAAAAGUUACGUGGAGCAAAUUGCAAGUGACGUGUCAACAAUUGGACUGCAUGCAGCGACAUGCCGAGGGCCAUGGACAUUUAUGGCAGAAGCAGGCCAUCGUCCUAAAUGAGCAGCAGGAUGGGCUCCAUCUCAAGACUGAUAAGCAGGCGGCCAAGGAGAAGAGCAAAGGAGGAGGAGGAGCAGCUGCCACAUCAUCAAUGGCCAUUGCAGUCCCCGACGACACGGAUGAGAAGCCAUCGACAAGUGGGCGAGUGAUGGUGGCUGGCACAACAGGCACUUCCGCUGCAACAAUGGAAACAACUUCAGUGCCUGCGGCUACUGGCAGCAACAAUGUGGAUGCUGCAGCAGCAACAGUAAAUGCCACAGCGGCAACAUCACUACCAACAGCAACCACACCAUUAGCUGGGACGACGGGAAAGCCAAAUGAUUGGGUUGUUAUUCCAGUGUUUGCGGAUAUUGUUAAACUGGCAUUGGGCGAACGUGAGAACUGUUUGCAGCGCUUAGCAAAUGGCCACAUCAAUAUGGCGGCCUUCGAUCGCAUGGCGGCCAUUGUUGGGGCAUUCACCAAGCAUAUGCAGGCGAUGAAGGCGGCCCAGGCGCCAUCUAGCGGCGAAUACGAGCACUUCUGCUGGCACAUGCAGCAAACGACGAAACUUGGCGAGGCGGAACUAAUGAUGGCUUCAUUCGACUGCGAGGAACCUAAUAAUGCUGAGAAGCUUAUGUACGAUUUAAACUAGGUUAUUUACCAUAGAAACUAACUAAAUAAUUUACCAACUAAGAAUGCAUUUAAUGUUAACUAAAUUAAAACUGUAAAUACAUACUAGUAGGUAUUGCACUCGGAGACAUUAAAUAGCCAAAGGGAUAAGUAGCUAACUAUAAACUAUUAAA